AUGCGUUUCUCCACCCUCACAACAGCUCUCACAUCCGCGACCCUCGCAUCCAGCCGCCUCAUCGGCAUCGCCGCGCCAUCCACCCUCGCCCCCAACAGCACCUUCACGCUCACCCUCCUCUCAGAAGGCUACAUCCAAUCCGUCGCCGACGUCGCCGUCGCAUGGGGUUUCUCGCUCGCCCCCGGCUACCCGGGCACCCUCGGAUCCUUCACGCAAUCCGCAUACCUCGGUCCUGAGAAGAGCAACCAGGGGCAGGAAAACGUUACUAUUACUGCAACUGUACCCGCGGGAUUGGCGAUGGACGCGUAUCAGGGCAAGGAUAUUCUGUUGAAUGCGGGGAUUUAUUCGUUGUAUGGGGCUAGUGGGGGUGCGACGGUUACGGGGUUUAAUGUUACGGUUAGGGUGGGCGAGAGUACGGGGGGUGAGGUUGUGGAGAGUGAGGGACAGGGGUGGAUUCAGAAUACUGUGGCGUAG